GAAUGUUGCAGUGUGCGUGGUGCUCAAUAGUGAACAAGAAAAAGUUUCGUUGCUGCUGCUGGAAAUUUGCUUUUUAAAAUAUAAUAAUUUGCAGAAUUAAACAGAUUUUUUAAGUCUCUUUGAAUUGGACAAGGCAGUUUUUCAUCAUGGGAAAAAUGAAAAAGAAAUACGAGUCCGGUGAGGCAUCUCAAUACCUCACGAGGAAACAUGCCCUGAGGAAACUCCAGCUCAGCUUGAAGGCGUUUCGAAAACUUUGCAUUCUGAAAGGAAUUUAUCCACGUGAACCCAAGAAUCGGAAGCGGGCACAAAAGGGAGCAACAGACAAGAAGACGCUGUACCUCAAAAAAGACGUUCAGUUUCUGCUGCAUGAACCAAUCGUAUGGAAACUGAGAGAACACAAAGUAUACCUCCGGAAAAAGUCCAGGGCUAAAGCACUCAGGGACAAGGAAGGACUGAAAAGAAUCGUUGAUAACAAACCCACCUACAAACUGGAUCAUAUUGUUCGAGAACGAUAUCCAACAUUCAUUGACGCCAUCCGAGAUCUUGAUGACUGUCUUACAUUGUGCUUUCUCUUCUCAACCUUUCCAAGUUUGCGAUUCGUCCCUGGACAUGUGUCUCGCUUGUGCAGAAGGCUGACGGUGGAGUUUCUACACUACGUCAUUGAAGCUAGGGCUCUACGCAAAGUUUUUGUCUCUAUCAAGGGAUAUUAUUAUCAAGCCGAAAUCAAAGGUCAAACAAUCACAUGGAUCGUGCCACAUAACUUUGCCUUUCAGCCGCAAUCAUCGGAAUCAGUAGAUUUCCGGAUUAUGGCUACAUUUGUAGAAUUCUACUCUACACUGUUAGGAUUCAUCAACUUUCGUCUCUUCAAUGCUUUGAAUCUUUUCUAUCCUCCAAAGCUGGUGAAUCCCAAAGGACAAAGUGAGGAGCUUAACGAGACAAACAAGUUGAACUGGGACAAUGAAGAAGAUUUGGUUGGAGAAAGGGUGGCCGCACUGAACCAGUCUUUGUUGAAGGUGGCAAUCCCUCCCGUAGAAGAAGCGGAAUUAGAAAUGGACGAAUUCCCUGUUACUGGGGAUGCCGAAAAAGUUGCUCAGUUGAAGAGAGACGCUGAACGUGUCAAGUUUUUGAAGAACAUGUUUUCAGGGAUGAAGUUUUUUCUGAGUCGUGAAGCUCCUCGCGAAUCACUUACUUUCGCCAUCAGAUCCGUUGGUGGCGAGGUUUCAUGGGACGCUCAGCUAUUUCCUGGAGCUACGUUCAGUGAGUAUGAUGAAUCUAUCACACAUCAAAUUGUGGACAGAGACAACCAAACCAAGCAGUACUUGUCACGAUACUACGUUCAACCUCAAUGGAUUUUUGACUGCAUCAACGCCCGUGCCGUGCUUCCAGUAGAGAAAUAUUUUCCAAGUGCCGUAUUGCCACCACACAUGUCACCCUUCCUCACCGAACGGGAGGGUGAUUACAUGCCCCCUGAGAAGAAAAAGUUUUUGGACAUGGAGAAAGGAAUCAUUGCUCCGUCCGAAGGUUUUGUUAAUGCUGGUGCAACCACUAAUGAUAAUGAAGAUGAAAAUGACUCCGACGAUGACGAUGAUGAAGAUAUUGGAAGUGUGGAUGACGACGAGGAGGAGGACGACGACGAUGCCGGCACAGAGGAUGAGGCAGAAGAAGACGAAGAUCUAGAUGAGGACGAACAGCGUUUGAAUGCAUUAAAGAAGCAAAUGAAAGUGACCAAAGGAGAAGCCGAGAUUGAAGACGAACUGAAAAAACGAGACGACGAGAGCAAGGAACAGUGGAAACUUCGGUGCAUGAUGAUCAGAAACAAGCAUAAGCGACUCUACAAAAAAAUGAUGGACAGUCGAAGAAGACGGCGAAAAGAGGCUGAUCGUCUAACGAAUAAACGGCAAAAUAUUGAAAAGGAAGCAAAUAAAAAGUCCAAGAAGAAGCAAAAGGCAUAAAAAUUAAUAUAAUAUUAUAAUUUCGUUAUCUAUUUAUAGGAUUUUCGCAAAAUUUCACAACUUUUUUUGUCCCUUUUUGCUAUAAAAUAUUAUUACUGACUCGCAUUAUUAUUGGUUGGAUAAUAAAUGUAUGCAAAUAAAUAUAGAUAGAUACAUCAA